AUGCCUCUUGAGCAAGAAAUCAAUGGAGGUGCAGCUAAUGUUCUAGUCUGUAAUGGAACCAAUAAUAUUUCUGUGCACGUUGAGUCACCUGGUUCAACCAGCUAUGUAAGCCCAUGUUCAGAUGAUCAAAUACCAGAACAAAAUCAUGCUACUACCGUUAGAUUUUCGGAUCUACGAGAAUCCUUAUGGCCCAUCACCCUUAAGUUUCAAGAUGUGUCAUACACCAUUGAGUUACGAAGUAAUGGAGGAAAUUGUUUUUCUUCAUCUCAAUCCAAGGUCAAACUUAACAUACUCAGUGGUGUUAGUGGUGUUGUUCGACCUGGUGAACUUCUGUCCAUGCUUGGCCCGUCAGGUAGUGGCAAAACCACUCUUCUAACAGCCCUAGCUGGCCGGUUACUGGGAAAGAUAUCCGGUUCGAUUACAUACAAUGGACUCCCUUUUUCAAGCUCGACUAAGCGAAAAACCGGGUUCGUCACACAAGAUGAUGUGCUAUAUCCCCACCUGACAGUUCUUGAAACCCUAACAUAUGCUGCUUUGUUGAGGCUACCAAAUAAGCUCGCUAGAAAAGAGAAAAUUGAGCAUGUUGAGUUAAUUAUCAUGGAACUAGGAUUGACAACAUGUAGAAAUACUAUGAUUGGUGGGACUCUAUUGAGGGGAAUAUCAGGUGGGGAGAGAAAAAGGGUUAGUAUUGGGCAAGAAAUGCUAGUGAAUCCAAGCCUUUUGUUGUUAGAUGAGCCUACCUCCGGGCUGGACUCCACCGCAGCUCGCCGGAUUGUUGCUACACUCAGGAGGCUGGCAUGCGGUGGCCGGACGGUUAUCACCACCAUUCAUCAGCCUUCUAGUAGUUUGUACAUGAUGUUUGAUAAGGUGAUAGUGUUAUCAGAGGGAUGUCCAAUUUACAGUGGCAGUGUCCAUAAAGUGAUAGACUAUUUUGCCUCAAUUGGGUACAAGCCCUGGUUUGAUAUAAUGAAUCCUGCUGAUUUCCUUCUGGAUCUUGCUAAUGGUGUCACUCAAGAGACAAGGCACGAUGAUCAAACGGAGUUUCAUGGCAGCCAUGAUGAGCAUAAUUCAACAAAACAAUUCCUUAUAUCAUCUUACAAAAAGAACCUGCUUCCAAUUCUUAAAGAAGAAAUUCAAAGAGCAUCUCAAGAUGAAAUUCAUCCUGGAAAUUCAUUGUCAUCAAGAAGUUCUGAAAGUCAAUGGGCAAACAGUUGGUGGUUGCAAUUCAAGGUGUUAUUAAGCAGAGGACUAAAGGAAAGGAAACAUGAGUCAUUUUCAUGCCUAAGAAUUUUCCAAGUGUUGUCUGUUUCAAUUAUUUCUGGACUUUUAUGGUGGCAUUCAGAUGCUAAUCAUAUACAAGAUCAGGUGGGAUUGCUCUUUUUCUUGUCAAUAUUCUGGGGCUUCUUCCCUCUCUUCAAUGCCGUAUUCACGUUCCCACAAGAAAGGCCAAUGCUCACAAGAGAACUCUCCUCGGGCAUGUACCAUCUCUCAUCAUAUUACUUCGCAAGAAUCGCAGGCGACUUACCAAUGGAGCUUGUACUUCCCACCAUAUUCACUACAAUCACAUACUGGAUGAGCGGCCUCAAACCAUCGUUUAUAACUUUCCUCCUAACCCUUUCCAUGAUUCUCUUCAACGUUCUAGUUUCUCAGGGACUCGGCCUUGCCCUCGGUGCAGUUUUAAUGGACCUAAAGCAGGCGACAACCUUGUCUUCUUACUCCAAGAAUGAGGUUUAUGAAUGUGGCUUGGAAGGUAGAGAAUGCAGGGUUCAAGAAUUUCCAGCCAUAAAGUAUCUUGGUAUUGAUAAUAUGGCGUUGGAUAUGGCUGCUUUGAUUGUAAUGUUGGUGGGAUAUAGAGUUUUGGCUUAUGUAGCUUUAAGGUUAGGGCAACCUCACUGA